AGGAUCCCAACUCUUUACUUCUUCCGGGCAUGAUAGAGGAGACAUGCGGAAUUUGGAUCAUUAAAGAUGUGAGCAAAUGUUGAUUUUAUAUAUAUAUAUUCAACCAAAGCUGACUAAAGGAGGUUUUACUUUGUUUUGAGAGAGCGGUCCCCUGUAUAAUAAUGAUGGCCCAGGUUUGCAUUGAGCGCCUCUCCUUGCUGCAGCUGCAGCGCAUCCAGUGCGCAGCGCUCUGGGCUCUUCUGCUCUGCGCACAGGCCGCUUUGGGCUUCUCGCUCGCAGGACAAGAAGAAAGCACAUGCGAUGCCAACGGCAGCACUUAUUACGUGGGAGAGUGGUAUUUCCUGGACUCCGAUCCCUGCACCCAGUGCGAGUGCACCGCUGGAGGCUCCCUGUGCGCCCGCACCGAGUGCACGUCUCUCCCUGCAGCCUGCAUCCAUGUGAGCCAUUACCCCACCGACUGCUGCCCCAGGUGCGAGAAGAUCGGCUGUGAGUACCGAGGGGUGGUGUACGAGCUGGGCCAGAAUUUCCAGCCAUCAGAAUGUGAGCAGUGCACUUGUGACAGUGAUGGCAUCGCCCGCUGUCUUGUGGCAGACUGUGCUCCUCCGCCAUGCGUCAAUCCUGUUUACCAACCAGGGACAUGCUGCCCGGAGUGCAAGGACGGUCCUAACUGCUACGUUGAUGCAUCCCGCAGCAAAGUGAUCCCUGCAGGAGAGCCUGUGUGGGUGGACUCCUGCACCAGGUGCCGCUGUCACGAUGGCCAGGAUGCAGGAUACUGGGAGGGAAAUCGCCUCGCCACCUGUUCCCGCGUUCAGAACUGCCCACCUCAGCAGCUAACUGAUUCUCCACCAAAUUAGCAGUUAUCUUAAAUUACAUGUUAGAGCUUCUCAGUUUAUCCUUUGGUACUUUAUCGCAGAUGAUGUCAUACAGUCACUCGAAGAAAGAUCUGCAGUUGAGAUGGGGAUAACUCACCCAAUAUUUGAAUGUAAUAUACAGUAGUCUUCAAUACAAUUUUAGAAAAGUGCAAAGAUGAAACUUCAUCCAACAAUUGUAUUUACUGAUGUAGCAACUUUAGGUCAAACAUGGAGUUUCUAUUCAACAUUAUUUCUACCUUCUACUGGUCCUUUUUUCCAGCUAUAGUGAAUGUAACUCAUUUUAUUUUAUAUUUUUGCAUUUUAAAACAAUACUUAGAUAUUGGGAAUGUUUUUUUUUUUAAAGAUAAAUAGGGGGGAAAGACUGAGUUAUACUUUUUUUAGUUCUAAUUUGCCCUGGAGGUAAUAAGUCGAUAUAAGCAAUUACAUAACAACUAGUAAAACAAUAUGAUAUACUGCUAUGUCCAACUUGUCCCUAUUAAAUCAACUUUACAAUGCAUGCACAUCUGUGCUGAAAAGUACAUUAGACAAUAUUAAAAUGCUAUUUUUUAAAUGGCUGUUU